AAUGAGACAAAUGUCGUAUUGAUUGGCGUUGGAUUUUCUUGCUUUUUGGAUAUUGACGACUGUUUGGCGGAGAGAUUGGGCUGUUUUUACCUGUAAAACCUCAUGCUCGCAGAGCAAAAUAAUAACAGGCUCACAAUGGCUGGUGACGGACUGAACCUCGACCAGCUGCAGCAAGCAGAAACUGUGCUUGGUAAUAGAAUAAAAGACUAUGAAAAGAAAAUGCGGGUAGAAUUGCAACUCAAGCAGAGUGCUGCCGCAAUGGCAAAAGUGCACACUGACAGAAAGUCAAGAAAUACUGCGGAGCAGCAAGUUCAGCUUGCGAACCAAAAUCUGGAGACCUUGAGUGUUGAGGUUCUGCAUGCCAUAUCAGAAUAUCGUGGGAUUGCAGAACGGCUACGUGCGACGGAGAAAUGGCAGCUUCAGGCGCAAAGUGCAGCAAUGAGAGGAGAAUUGACACCUCCAAUGCCACCUCCGCGCUCAGAGACUGCUGCAUACCGGAUGAGCGAUUCCCAGAGAAAUACAACAGAACUAUAUCGCCCAGCAAAGCGAACCUCUGUAGCUGUGAUGGUUCCCCCACGACAUGAUUCCACCUUUGACGUUGCAAAUCCACCCCCUGUGCCAUCAAAGCCAGGUCUCUCCCGCAGCUCCACUGGAAUUAACUUUGCUAGCUACGGGUAUAGUCCUGCUGGAGCCCCUUCGACGAUGCCGCUGGGCUUUCAAGGUCCGACCGAACGAGAACUCAUGGAAAGGGUUCGAGCGCAAGCAGACGAGCUUUCCCGGAAGGAUAUUGAGCUGGGACACCUGACGAGCUUAUUGCGCGAGGCAGAAGAGCAUUUGAGACGUUUCCAGCAAAAUCCACCUCCGCUACCCCCUCGUAACGAAUCAGAACUUCAGCAGCAGAUUGCGUCAUUAGUGGAGCAAAAAAAGAAUUUGGAAAUGCAGCUGUGGAACGCUGAAAAGACCAUUUCGGACCUGCAGUACAAAAAAGACGCUGAUAUGAAGGCACCUCAGUGGAAUGCAAUAACUGCCGAACGCGAUCGUCUUGCAGCCAGGGUUGCGGAAUUGGAACUGGAGAAUAGUAAUCUCUGCAGAUCCCGUGGGGGUACAGAACCUCACAACGAAUCUGGAGAAGAUGCGAAUGAAACAAUAGCGCGCUUGAAGCACGAGCUCGUUAAUAUGGAAGAGAAGGCAAAAGUGGCGGAAACUGAAUGUGAGAAGGCUCAGCGUGCAAGUAGAGACUACUUGAAUACAGUGACGCUCCUUGAAAAUCAGCUAUCUCAAGAAGGAUCUGGCCACCAAACCUUUGAUGCGGCUAAAAUGGCUGGCGACUACAAAGCACAGAUCCAAGAAUUGGAGCAACAACUUGAGGGUUUGCAGCAACGCAAUGCCAAUUUGGAUGCGCAGACACGGCACUUGGCAAAGCUGUUGGAAGUCCGCAAUACAAAUCUUGGAUCAGCUGGAUCAGAUGAAGGAUUGCUAAUCGAGAGCCUGCAAGCCAAGUUAACCGCUGUUGAGAACACCCUCCUCACAACAAAAGAGAAUGCAGAGCGUAAACGAAACGCAUUGAAAGCAGCGCUGGCUGUCUCUCAAAAGGAAGUGGCCGCUUUGGCGGAUGAACGGCUGCAGCUGCAAAACACCUUGGCUGCGUCGGAGCGAACAUGGGCUGAGCGCUUGAAAGCCCAGGAGGCCGAGCUCGAAACGCUUCGCAGUCAGGUCAUCUCUGGUUCCCAUACCACCACACAUGAACAUGAUAUUGAGCGAUCCAGUCAAGAUACAGACACUCAGCUCGAAGAUAUGCGCUCCAAGCUCCUGGAGAAUGAGAAUGAGUUAGAACGGAUGCGGACCCACUCGGCUCAAAUGGAAAAAUCAUGGACAGAUGCCUCACGCCAACAGAUGGAAGAGUAUCAAUCAAUGAUAGUAAACUUGCAGAAGAAGCUUGCGGUGUUGGGCUCUGAACUCGAAACGGUUCAGUCGGAAAACGACAAGUUAAAUGCUUCUCUCACUCAAGCAAAUGCUUAUGCUCAGAGCGCUUCUGACCUGGAAAAUAUGCAGACACGACAUAAAGAGGAAAUGCAGCAUAUCGUUUCAACCGCAGCAUCCAGACAGGCGGCCUUGGAGCAAGAGCUUAGUCAAUUACGAGAAGAGGUGGAAAAGUUAGUUCAUGAGAAAAAGAACUUGGAGCUGCGGUGCGCGGGACAUGAAAAGGAAAAGGUCGUUAUUGAAGAAAACGCGAUAAGACAGUGCUCUGCGACGCACGAAAUGGAAAGGAAAGAGCUUGAAGAUGCGCUUGUUGACGAGCGUCAGAAGACGAGGGCGCUGGAGAUGGAUCUUUCGAACAUACGACAGCAAUUGGAAGGUGCGGUGAGCAAGGUGUCACAGCUUGACAAGCACUUGAAUGCGGUCAAAGGAGAGAAGGAAGCUUUAGAAUCCGAGUUUGCCAGCUUGCGGAAGGCAAAGGAUGAGCUGCAGACGUCUCAUGCCAAGGAGUUUGACUCGGUUCGUCAGCUUCUGGAGGGGGUACGCCAAGAACUUGUUCGAUAUCAGAACGAAAACAAGGAGUGUCACGCGCAAAUUGACGAGCUCCAGCUGAAGUUGUCUGAGUCAAACAGUAGUUGUGAACACCUGGCCGAAACCACAGAAACAUUGCGUAAAGAGCAUCAGGAGCUGCAAAAGCAGUAUAAAGUUGUGCAAGGGGCCUUGGCAGAUCAGCAGGAACUCCAGAAACGACUUUUCGAAGCAGAGGCGGUACACAGUAAAGGCUCUUCUGAGCUAUCAGUAUUAACCACCCAGCUGGCAGCAUUAGAACAAGAACGACACGCAUUAACAGAAAGCCUAUCUGCAUCGCAAAAGGAGAAGAUGGAGCAGAUUAAUCUUGUUACGUCUCUGAAACAGAAGGUGGACCAGCUGGGAGUGCGCUUAGUGCAGGCCGAAACGGAGAGGGAUAAUGUUGUCCGCGACAUGGCGCAACUGCGAAGUGAGAUCGACCUUCUCCGAGCGGAUAAGGAAGCUCUGGAGACAAAAUUGUCAGCAUUCCAACGAGAUAAGCAAGCAGCUGACACCCUACUUUCUACGUUGAGUGGAGAGAAUAAACAACUGGCCGCUCGUGGAAAAGACCUUCAGUCCGAAGUGAAGCGGCUAACCACCCAGCUUGCAGACGUUCGAAUCCAUGAACCUCCGACCCCGCCCCAGCCAUCAGAGCUCACUCCGCCAUCAUCACCAAAAAGAGAAGACGAAGGUCUGCAGGAUCUUAUUGCCAAAAACAUGCAACUGGCCAUUGAUCUUGCCGACAAAGAGCGGGAGCUGGAGGAGCUUCAGCGCAAGUUGCGAAGAGAAGUUGAGGAGAAGAAUAUGCUGGCGAAAAAAUUUGAAGAGGAGGCGAAGAAGGGUACAAGUUGGUGGGGAUAGUCAAAUUACUGUAAUGGUUGGCAUUUUGGUUGUAUUGUACUGAAGCACGCGAAAAUGGAUUAUAUCUCAUACGGCC